AUGGAGCUCAAUAAGCCUGACAUCAAACCCACUCAGUCAUUGGGGUAUUUAGUCUUCGAUAUGAAUCAAAUCAAGAAGAUUCAGUUAAAAAUCGGGUCCGAUUUAGAAUUACAAGAUAAUCACAAGCAGCUUUCUUUUUCAUUUAGAGAUCAAAUUAUUGUCAAAAAUAUCAAAGAAACAUUUAAUAAUAGCGGAAUCUAUAAAAUUUCCAAGAAUGAUAUUGUAAAAAUUGGUCGUAACCCAAUGAAUAAUAAUCUCAUUCUUGAAAAUGAGAUCCUCGUGUCAAAAUCACAUUGCGCUAUCUGGCCAAUACAAUUCGAAGAAAAUUCUGCCCCGUUGAUUUACCUCAAAGAUACUAGUUUAAAUGGAGUAUACGUUAAUGACCAACUUGUUGGAAAGAAUGAAAUCGUAUUAUUGGAGGAUGGCGACACUAUAGAAAUCAAGUUAGUGAUAAAAUUUGUCUUGAGAUACAGAACUUAUUUCAAGAACUUGAUAGAACUGCAAUCAAAUGUUAUCGAUAUUCAACCAGUAUCAUCAAAGUGGAAUAUAUCCAAUAGAUUAGUAGGGUGUGGCACCUUUGGUAGUGUGUUUAUCGCCAAAAAUAUUGAUAAAAUGUCUUUGACAAAGACCUGUGCCGUGAAAGUUAUUAAGGCGUCUAAUAUGGAAGUUCAAAUCAGAGAAGCCGAAUUAUUAAGUAGCUUGAACCAUCCUAACAUUAUCAAGAUAUUUGAAUGUCAUUAUGAGAAUGGCAAAAUAUACCUUUUCGAAGAAUUGAUAUGUGGUGGUGAUUUAUUUUCUUAUUUAGCAAGAGGCGAACACUUAAAAGCUUUAAGUGAGCCAGAUUGUGCAAUAAUAAUGUAUCAAAUUCUUCAAGCUGUUGGAUACCUUCACUCCAAUGGUAUUGUACACAGGGAUUUGAAAUUGGAUAAUAUCCUUCUCACUUCACCAGAAUCCUUGAGUAAAAUUGUUCUCACUGAUUUUGGCACAGCUUUUAAAUAUGAUGAUCGCUACAAAAGAAUGAAAACCGUGGUAGGAACUUGCGAGUACACUGCUCCUGAGGUCGGAUUAUUGAAUAGUUCAGAUAAUUAUGGAGCACCUAACUCUCAAACUGGAUAUACCAGUAAAUGUGAUAUGUGGUCUAUUGGGGUAAUUUUGCACAUUAUUCUUAGCGGAAUUUCCCCAUUUUACAUGGAUGGCGAAGAACGCAAUAUCAUUAAAGCUUCAAGAAAUUGUCAUUUGGAUUUUGGAAAACGUCAAUGGAAAAAAGUCAGUCUUGAUGCUCAAGAUUUAAUAAAACAUUUAUUAGUAUUGGAUCAAGUACAGCGUUUUGAUUGUGAAGAUUGUUUAAAUCAUAGUUGGUUAGAUUAUUACCGUGAAUUGUUGGAUAUGAUUUAUCGCAGCAAGAUCCUAAGGAAUUGA